AUGGGACCAAGAAAUGAAGCUGUAGUUGCUGAGUUCAUCCUAGAGGGUUUCUCAGGCCUUGCUCAAAGACUACAUCUCUUUCUCUCCCUGAUCCUUCUACUCACAUACCUGACAACAGUGACAGGCAACAAUAUGAUCAUUUUUCUCAUGUGUGUGGAUCCGCAAAGUCCCAUGUACAUUUUCAUCAGCAAUCUGGCAUUCCUCGAAAACUGGUUUAUGUCCUCUACAGCCCUCAUAUUGCUGGCCAUUCUGAUCUCUGGGAGGAGAACAAUCUCCUGAAGCAUCUGGUUUGCCCAGUCCUGUUUCUGUUUCGCCCUGGGCUGUGCAGAUUUUUCUCUCCUUAUUAGCAUGGCCUUUUACUGCUACCUUGCCCUCCACCAGCCCUUACAUUCUGCUGCCAUCAUGAAGCAGCAGCUCUUCACCCACCUGGUUAUUGCUCUGUGGGUCACAGCCUUCGCUCUCUUCACUUACCACCUGGUCCUGCUCUCAAAGGUGACCUUCUGUGGCCUCCAAAAGAACCACUAUUUCUUGUGGGACAACUACYCCUUAUUUAAACUGUCCUGCUCUGAUACCAGCCUGCUUUGGAAAGCAGAUGCUGUUUUGAUAUUGUUUGCUGUGCUGGGUUCCUUAUGUUUAACCGUGUUUUAACCACUGGCU